AUGCCGAAGAUUUUGGUUUCAGAAAAUGUGUUGACCAAUAGCACCGACAGGGAUUUCUCUGGAGGCGAAGAGGAGACGACCAGCAGGAAGCGGCGGAGGUCCCGGUGGGAUCCUCUGCCGAGCGAAUCGAGCAACGAUGGGGUUGGAACUGGAGGAGUUGAUGAUAAUAGUGGGACUGGUGGUAGGAAGCGGAAGUCCAGAUGGGCUGAUGACGAGCCCAAGCCCGUGAUUCAAUUGCCUGAUUUCAUGAAGGAUUUUACUGGAGGUAUUGAAUUUGAUCCCGAGAUUCAAGCUCUGAAUAGUAGGUUAAUUGAAAUUAGUAGGAAAUUGCAAUCUGGGUUACCUUUGGAUGACCGCCCUGAGGGUGCUAGGUCGCCUUCUCCGGAACCUAUUUAUGAUAACAUGGGAAUCAGGAUUAAUACUAGGGAGUAUCGUGCUCGUGAAAAAUUGAAUAGGGAGAGACAAGAAAUUAUAUCACAGAUAAUUAAGAAAAAUCCUGCCUUUAAGCCACCUGCAGAUUAUAGGCCGCCUAAGCUUCAGAAGAAGCUUUACAUCCCAAUGAAAGAGUAUCCAGGUUAUAAAUUUAUUGGACUGAUUAUUGGACCAAGAGGGAAUACUCAGAAGAGGAUGGAAAGAGAGAUGGGAGCAAAGAUUGUGAUUCGGGAAAACGAGGAUUUGCAUGUCUUGGUGGAGGCUGAAACUCAGGAGGCUCUUGAUGCUGCUGCAGGUAUGGUUGAGAAGCUCUUGCAGCCGGUUGAUGAGGUUCUCAAUGAACAUAAAUGA